UCCACAGCCACAAAGCAGCCUAUAAGUAACUGUCGAAACAAUAUGCUAUGCUAUCCCCCACGCCGACGCUCCUUCACCGCCUCCAGUUGCUUAAUUCAACUCUUUUUAUGGAUGCUGCCCUCGUUAUAAUUUCCUAGAAAACAAAACAGCAAGUUGAAACACCAGUAAUACAACUUUUUUUUUCAACUCUUCUUUUGAUCAUUAGAACUCACGACGAUGACGGAGACGCCGUUCUCUAAGCUCCCGGAGGAUGUGGUUCUAAACAUAUUUUCCAAGCUCGAAGACGAUCCCACGAGCUGGGCAAGUCUAGCUUGUGUCUGCACCAAGUUCUCUUCUCUCAUUCGCAACACCUGCUUGAAGCUGAAAUGUUCCAAAACCAUCCCCACCGUCUCCGCUGAUCUUCUCUCCCCUUCCUCCGCCGUUCCACCCGGCGGUUGGGCAUCCCUUCACAAGCUCUCCGUCUGCUGCCCUGGCCUCCUCCACGCCGGCAUCCUUCUUGAGAAUUCUGAUUUCGGCCUCGAACGCGAGCUCGGUCCCGAUGAGAAUUAUCACAAGCCGGCUAAUUCCCAUGCUACAACGCCAUCCACCGAGCACUGUUCGAGCAUAACGGAAGGCAAUUCAAAUCCGAACACGAACUCAGAAGCCGACGUUCCGGGAUCCGAUUGUUCCUGGUCUCUUUUUGAUGAUCUCUAUUUCGACACCGUUUACAACGCGUCCGAUUCAGUAGACGAUUAUCCAAUGGAAACUAUCGAAACCGGGACUAUUUCAAUCGGGCGUGAAUUACCCGUUUGUAAGAGAAGGAAGGUUUGUAGAUCGCAGAGGUCCCAUUUAGCAACCGGCGUUUGGAACUUAAGCCGUGAACAAGGGAACAAGUUAUUGGCGAGCCGGUUCCGAGGGGAUUGCUUGUACAUUUGCGAUUGGCCCGGGUGCGUUCACACGGAGGAGAAGCGAAAUUACAUGCUUUUCAGAGGGGUAUUCAAGAACUUUAAGAAAUCCCGGGUGUGGAGGACGAUAAACGAUGGGAACCGGAGCAAGAUCGAUCUGGAUUGCGCGUUUUGUUCAUGCAAAGAGACGUGGGAUUUACAUUCCGCCUUCUGUUUGAGGCGGGUUUUCGGAUACCAUGACGAUGGCGAGCCAGUUGUUCGAGCUUUUGUCUGUGAGAACGGACAUGUUUCUGGUGCUUGGACUGAUCUGCCUUUGUACACUUGAAAAGGCAGAGAAUUGCACCAUCUCAAAAUUACUAGUAAGCUGCCUUCUUCAUUAUUAUAAUUCAGUUUGUAUUACUAGGCUUGAGCUUUUUACCAAAGCUCCUCAGUUUGGUUUUGUAUGAACAUCACAGUGAUGCUUGAGAUAUGGUUAUACA